UUGGAAUUUAGUUGGUGAGUCCGAUGAUUCACUCUAUUUCUGUAUAUAUACAGACCAUUUGAUGCAUUUUAACAAAGAGAAUCAGUUAAUAUGUCUAAAGAGAAAUCAUAUGUAAUUGCUCUUCUUCUAUCUUUGCUUCUCUGUCUUUCUUUUCAAGUUGGUGUCUCUGAGGCCAACUACAACGCAGUUACUACAAGGUACUCGGAUUCUCCUCGAUGCGCCAAUGGAUCUUCUGCAAGUCCACCAACAAGACACUGUCCAAGGGGGCGUCCCCGUCCUCCUACACCGAGAGUAGCGGUGCACUCUAACUCAACCAAAGGAAAAGGCCCAUAAGUGAUGAAAUUAUUUUAUGUCUCAACACUAUGAUUUUUGUAUUUAGUUUGAUGUAAAAUUUACAGGCCAAAGAGAUCCAAUCUUUGUAAAUCAGAUGAUUACAUUAAAGAAACAAAUCAAAAACAGAUUAAAACAAAC